UCGUUGGUGGGUUUUUAAGUGUUAUUUUAAAUCUGUUUUUAUUUUGGAGUGUCUUAGAAACCUUUUAAUUUCUAAUCACUUUAGGGCAAUUAUCUUUGCCGUGAGGGGUACAUAAGUUUGGUUUCAUAUUAUCAAACUACACUAUUUCCGGGAAUGUUUAUUUUACUAUUCUGGUUUUAAUUUCUAACAUCUGUCAAUCUAUUCGGACUCAAAAACCCGCCAAGACAGGCAAAAUCCGAAUCUAUUUGAAAGUUCCCUGGAAUCCCUGAGUGGAUCUUGCCCUUCCGAUCCCUUUCUCGCGAGAUUUGGAAACCGGAAGUGAAUUAUACUACUGGAGACUCAAUUGCUGGAGGCGGCAUGUCAGGAAAGGCGGGCGGGUGCUCAGUUCAGUCUGGUCUUCGCCGUCUGUCCUGGGCUGUCUCUGAUUAAGAGGUUGCGGGCAGCGCUCCCCUCUUCGGACCGGCAGGAUGCGCGUGGCUGUGGCCGGUUGCUGCCACGGCGAGCUGGACAAGAUCUAUGAGACCCUGGCGUUGGCGGAGCGGCGCGGCCCGGGGCCGAUAGACCUUCUGCUCUGCUGCGGCGAUUUCCAGGCAGUGCGCAACGAGGCCGACCUGCGCUGCAUGGCCGUGCCGCCCAAGUACCGCCACAUGCAAACCUUCUACAGGUAUUACUCUGGGGAGAAAAAGGCCCCAGUUCUCACGAUUUUCAUUGGGGGAAACCACGAAGCCUCAAAUCAUUUGCAAGAGUUACCCUAUGGUGGCUGGGUAGCACCAAACAUUUAUUAUUUAGGUUUGGCAGGAGUAGUAAAAUACCGAGGAGUAAGGAUUGGUGGAAUCUCUGGUAUCUUUAAGUCUCAUGACUAUCGAAAAGGUCAUUUUGAGUGCCCCCCUUAUAAUGCAGCUACAAUAAGGAGUAUAUAUCAUGUGAGAAAUAUUGAAGUCUACAAAUUAAAACAGCUGAAGCAGCCUAUGGACAUAUUCUUAUCUCAUGAUUGGCCGAGAAGUAUCUAUCAUUAUGGAAACAAGAAGCAACUUCUUAAGACUAAAUCUUUUUUCCGACAAGAAGUGGAAAAUAACACACUAGGAAGUCCUGCUGCCUCCGAGCUUUUAGAGCACUUAAAACCUACUUACUGGUUUUCUGCCCACCUCCACGUAAAGUUUGCAGCCUUGAUGCAGCACCAGACCAUGGAUGAAGGACAGUCAACCAGAGCAACCAAAUUUCUAGCCCUGGACAAGUGCUUACCACACAGAGACUUUCUUCAGGUAAUAGAAGUAGAACAUGACCCCAGUGCUCCUGAUUACUUGGAAUAUGAUGCUGAAUGGCUCACUAUUCUUAGGGCUACUAAUGAUCUUAUUAAUGUGACUGAACGCCUGUGGAAUAUGCCUGAAAAUAAUGGCCUGCAUACAAGAUGGGAUUACAGUGCCACAAAAGAAGCUAUUAACGAAGUAUUGGAGAAAUUAAAUCAUGAUCUCAAAGUUCCAAAUAACUUUAGUAUAACAGCUGCUUGUUAUGACCCUAGCAAGCCACAGACACAGAUGCAGUUGGUUCAUAGGAUCAAUCCUCAGACGACUGAAUUUUGUGCCCAACUUGGCAUCACAGACAUUAACGUCAGGCUUCAGAAGGCCAAGGAAGACCAACACUUGUGUGGUGACUAUGAAGGGCAGGAUGACGUGGAGGGUAAUGACUCUGGAGAAGAGCCUAGUGAAUAUAACACAGACACAUCUGCCCUGUCCUCUAUUAAUCCAGAUGAGAUCAUGUUAGAUGAAGAAGAGGAGUAUGAUGACAGUAUUGUAAGUGUACAGAGUGACUUGAAUAUACCAUCUGUAGAACUGUCUUCUGAACAAGCUUCUGACUUUUCUGCAAGCUUCUCUGACAUCAGGAUCUUGCCAAGUUCCAUGACUGUAUCUUCUGACGAUACAUCAGGUUCCCCAGUGUGCAAGGAGGGGAAUUCCGGUGACCCUGUGGACUUGGGGGAUGGAAAGGACUUAACCACGGUGCCAUUGAAGAGGCUGAGUGAUGAACAUGAACCUGAACAAAGAAAGAAAAUCAAGAGAAGGAAUCAAGCCAUCUAUGCUGCAGUGGAUGAUAAUGAUACAGCCUGAGACAGUUUACUUGUCUUAGUAUUAUAUGUAGAUACAUGAUUUUUAAGACUAUAUUUUUAGAUUUGGAUCUUUGACUCAAGACUUAAGUUUGUAAUAAUGAAGUUACAUAAGAAGAUUUUAAUUAGGUAUUGACUUUAUCUUUAGAACUUUGUAUGUUUCAGAUGAAAAAGAUAUUAAAAUUUCAUAUAUUUACUUGA